CUAUUAUCCAGAACACUGGACCAGGCAGUGACGCUAGGGCUGGUAAGACUCACUGAGGCUGGACGCUCUGGAGCGUCUUCCUGGCACAUGGACCAGACCCAUGACUGCGACUGGCUCUUGGUGGGCUGUGGGUGCAGCGAUGCCCCUCAGUUGUCUUUCAGACCGCUAUCGGUCUUAUCGGCGCAGUGCCCGGAAUGUGCCUUCUUGCUGGAAUGAGGGGUAGUGCUCCCCUAAAAGGCGUCUGCGUGUUGCUUGAAGCUGCAAGUAGGGGUAGAGUCGGUAACCUAAGUAAAGGAUGGGGCCUCGCAGCCCGGUACGUAGUCGAGCGAGAGGGAGGGGAGAGAAGAGUGGCAGCAGUUGAACAGUGGACUUUGUGGGAACUUGACGUGAUAAAAGUAGUUGGUGGUCGACAAAGCCGAAGAUGGUUUGACUUUCUCUGGGGCAAGGGGCUUGCUGGUGAAGGAAGCGUCGGGAGGAUGAAGGUUGGGAACGUAUCCGUCGGAUGCAAAAGUGGGAAAAGAAAGAAAUCGGGUUUAAUGAUGUUGAGCUUGGAGAAGCGAAGAAAGAGAGAGAGGCCCGCUUGGCGAAGGGGCACUGGCGGAGAAAAGAUGACCUAUCGAUGUCUCACUCGCUUGCUGUUUUCGAUUUGCCUUGCCGCCUCUUACAACCUGGGCUGGAACGUAAACCAGAGCUGUAGAAAGGAGAAUGGAGAAAAGGGUGAAUGGGCGCCAACCAGGAAGAGGCCGGGCGAAGAGGAAAGGGUGAGGUGAAGGUCAGGUGAAGGUCAGAUGAAGGUCGAUAAAGGUAGGUAGCUGUUCCAGGUUACUGAUUAACCAAGGAACGGCCGGAAUUUGAGAUGAGACUGAGGUAA